AUGGCUACCCACCGCGCCGAUGCCAGCGCCCUCCUCGACAACCGUGGCUAUACCGGCCCCUUAGUCCGCGGCGUCAAUCCCGCCACUCUCUUCGAAAAAGCCGUCCGCGACCGCAUCACAGACUCGUACUACUGGAAAGAGCAAUGUUUCGGCCUAAAUGCUGCCACUCUCUGCGACCGAGCUGUUGAACUUGGUUAUAUUGGUGGAACGUACGGUGCCAACCAGAAGCCGACGCCGUUUCUCUGUCUAGCGUUUAAGCUGCUGCAGCUUGCGCCGGAAAGGGAGGUUGUGCUCGAAUAUUUGAACUUUCAUGACCCGGCAGAGGAUGACGAUGAUAAUGGUGAUGAGGAUGAUGGUGAUGGAGCAGCGGUGUUGAAGUCAGUGGGGGAUUUUAAGUACCUACGUGCGCUUGCGGCCUUUUACAUUCGGUUGACAUUUGAGCCGGUAGAGGUAUAUAAUGUUCUUGAGCCGUUGUUGUCGGAUUAUAGGAAGCUGAAGAGAAGAACAAAGGAUGGGUUUGUCUUGACGUAUAUGGAUCAGUUCGUGGACGACCUGCUUACCAAAGAUCGCGUAUGUGGUACAAGUCUGUGGAAGCUGCCUGCCAGGCGGAUUUUGGAGGAUUUGGAUAUGCUGGAGGAGAGAGUGAGCCCACUGGGCGAAGAGCUAGAAGAUAUCGAUAGGGACAGCGACCAAGAUGAGAACGGAGAAGUGAGUGAAAGGGAAUCGCAACGGGGAGAUGAUUGA